AGAGUUCGAAUCUCUCAGGCGACGCUUAAAGAUUUCAUUUUUUUUUAUAAAUAUUAUAACUUGGAAUUUGUCUGUCUGUGACUCUUGAGUCGAUCUAUGUAACUGUUCCAACUCGCAACUCAUUCUUCUUCUCCCUCACUUCUUUCACACCCAACACAACACAAACAUUAACUUAACUUUUGUUCCUCCGUCACACCAACAUGGCAACCUUCACCAUCUCCAACAGCGCCGCCACGUGGCCACUCCCCCAAUUCAACACUUGUCACUUUCCCCACACCCCACCCAUCGUUCUGCACCUCACCAACCGCCCCUUCAGGAUCCACUGCGUUCCCCCGCAAUCCCUAUUGCUACAAACCAAUCACGAUCAACCCGAUUUCGGCGGCGGCGGAGGUGGAGGUGACGGUGGAGCCGGAUAUGGUGGCGGUGACGGGGGUGGAGAAGGAGAUGAAGAAUUCGGACCCUUGUUGAAGUUUGAAGAGGUUUUGAGAGAAUCAGAAGCUCGUGGCGUGAAGUUGCCUCCGGAUAUGGUGGAGGCAGCGAGGACCACUGGCAUUCGGGAAAUGUUUCUUUUUCGUUACUUGGAGUUGCAGGGUUCGUCUUGGCCACUGUCUUUUCUGAUGCAGCAUUGUUCUAUGUUGAGAAAUCGAAUGCUGGCGGACCCUUCUUUUCUAUUCAAAGUUGGAACCGAGAUUGUUAUAGACUCCUGUUGUGCAACGUUUGCAGAGAUGCAGAAGAGGGGCAAGGAUUUUUGGGCUGAAUUUGAGUUGUACGCUGCUGAUCUUCUGGUUGGAGUGGUUGUUGACAUUGCUUUGGUGGGUCUUUUAGCACCCUAUGCUCGAAUUGGCAAGCCUUCUCUGUCUAAAGGUUUGCUUGGACAAAUUCAGCACGCCUGUGCUGCCCUUCCUAGCAGUGUUUUUGAAGCUGAAAGGCCAGGAUGUAAAUUCUCUGUGAUGCAGCGCCUUGCCACAUACUUCUACAAGGGUGCAUUAUAUGGAUCAGUUGGCUUUGGAUGUGGUAUUAUUGGUCAAGGAAUCGCAAAUAUGAUCAUGAAUGCCAAAAGGAGCAUUAACAAAUCUGAAGAUGACAUACCUGUGCCUCCUCUUCUGCAAAGUGCUGCUCUUUGGGGAUUCUUUCUUGCUGUGUCAUCCAACACUCGUUAUCAAAUUAUCAAUGGACUUGAAAGCCUUGUUGAGGCAUCUCCAGUGGCAAAGAGGGUCCCACUUGUUGCAAUGGCAUUCACUGUAGGUGUGAGAUUUGGUAACAACAUCUAUGGUGGCAUGCAGUUCGUAGACUGGGCCAAAUUGAGUGGCGUACAAUGAAUGUUUUCAAUUUCGCCUUUUUGAAAGUUUUAUCCAAAGUUGGCUAGGCUAGGCAAAUUCAUGUCUUGGAGGAAAAAGGUUCUUUCUCACCAAAUCAAGAAGUGAAGCUCUCAUCAUUUUUUCAUCUAUUGGCCAUCCUGAUGUCAUCAAAAUAGAACCAUACCUCUUUUGUUUAGUAACUUAGUUAUGUUAAUAAACCAUACCUCUUUUUCUUUUCUAUAAUCUCAAUUUUAUAUGUAUGGUCAUCCAAUGUUUUGUAACUUAGUUAUGUUAGAUAUGUUCAAGGGAAAUUUUAAGUUUUUUAUGAC